UGUGAAACACGGACAUUCGUUCCGCAAUCUAAAUGCUACGUCGAUGUUCUCGCGUUUUCUUUUAAACUAGAUACUUAUUAUAAGCAGGAAUAUUUUACAUGCGUAUUGAGUCGUUAGGUGGCUAACAACAGCUUUCAGCCUCUCCUGAACAAAUCGUUUUUUGUGAAGACGCGAUGUGAAGUCUGUUGUGAAGGUUCCGGAUGACACACGGGGACAAACAAACCGGAGCACGAUAACACAGGAGUGGGUUUGCCCGGUUGCUACAGUUUUACUGAGGUGCCCCUCUCCUAUGGAUUCACUCAACACUUUUGAAUCAGAGAUGGAGGCUGACGGUCAGGGGAACUACUCUCUGUUUCCCGCGCUGGACAGCAUCGCGAGUCUAUCCGGGACCGCCGAGACUCUGGAGAGCGAACCCCCGAGUGAAAUAGCAGAGAAGCCGAACCUCACGUGGCUCGAUGCUGCACAGAUCGUCUUGGAAGAAGCUGGACGUCCAAUGCACAUAAAGGAGAUUAAGCAGAGGAUCAUCGACAGGGGACUCGUUCAAUCCAACGCCAAAUCCAGCCUGGAGGCCGUCAUGUACCGUGAGACACAAAAAGGCAGCAGGCGAUUCAAGAGGAUUGAGAACAGAAACGGAGUCUUUGCACUGCUGACGGACGAGGAGAGGCAGCAGGCCCUGCAGGCCUUCACCGCCCAGUCCUUCCUCGGCUCUCCGCAGCACAACACCUCCUCCAGUUCUGGCUCGGGGGCCUCGGGCAACGCCUUCCCCUCCCCCACCAGUUCUUCGGAGCACCGGGCCAAGAUGAAGAGAGGCCCGCGGCAAAAGCAAAAUGAAAAGUACCAACUCAAGUACCUCAGACUGCGCAAAGCAGCCCGCACUAUGAUAUUUGAGAAUGCAGCCCUCCGUGAUGAAGUCGCCCACUUAGAAGAGAAGUUUCUGAGAGCCAAGGAGGAGCGGAGGUUCCUACUGAAGUCCUUGCUGCAGUACCAGUCUUUUUCAGAGGGGGAGCUACUGCCCACACCUAGCGCCAGCUCUCAUCCACCGCCGGGCGCAUUGACCUCGGGGGCUGCAGGGGCUUCAGGCCCGUCCGGGGGGCACAACCCGGCGUCGGUGGCUUCAACAGGGGAAGACGGACCGCUUAAAAAACCCAAGAAGGAAAGGAAAGAGCGAGGCCGGGAAAAUGGGAAGGAGGAAUUUCCAAAGAGGAUGUCCAAGAAGAGAAAGCUGGCCGACGGGUCUCGCAAACUGGUGCAGCCCAUCGCUCUGGACUCGUCUGGUCGGCCCGUCUUCCCCAUUGUUCUGGGCGGUUUAACGGUCUACAGCCUGGGAGAGAUCGUCACGGACAGAAUGCUGUUCCACGACGAGUGUGCCAUCUACCCGGCGGGCUUCUGCAGCACUCGGGUCUUUGCCGGCAUGAAGAGCCCCGACCAGCAGUGCCUGUACACCUGCCAAAUCAAGGAUGUGGGAGCCGGGCCGCAGUUUGAGAUCGUGCCUGAAGAAGAUCCCCAGAAUGCCAUCGUGGCGUCGUCGGCCCUGACGUGCCACGCCAAUCUACUGAAGGCCAUCGCGUCCGUCAGUUCCAAGUCUGUGGCGCCUAUCGUGCCAUCGGGGGCGGACUUCUUCGGCUUCUCGCACCCCACCAUCCAGAAUCUCAUCCAGAGUUGUCCCGGAGCGCGCAAAUGUAGCAACUACCGAUGGAUCCGCUUUGAGGUGUGUCGCUCAGGCGAGGGCCAGGUUCCCAGCAGCCUAUCAGAGGACGACGCCUCCGUCAACUUUGAGGCCUAUAUGAGACAUCGAGGCUUUGAUCAGAACAUCAAGACGGAGCACAUGACAGGACAGGCGCCGCAGUCCCCUAGCACGUCUCAUCAGCACCACCUGCCCUCCCCCGCCAUGAAGCCCUCCACCUCCUACUUCAGCUCCUGAUGCUCAGAGGGAAUCGGCCGGUGACUCCAGACAGCUGUACUGAACGUGUGGAGGAAUAGCUGAUGCAAAUGAACCGGAUGUGGCUGCUGAGCCAGUAAGAGAAAAACACCUGAUGACAAAACCAUUUCUGUACGCGUUUGAAUACGUGCUGGAUAUUUGAAAUUGAGUCCCGGUUGACGUCAAACUUGAACUGAAAUGAAAUAAGUACAAUGCUUUCCUUCUGUGAGUUUGGGUAAGUUAAAUUGGUAAUGUUGUUGUUGGUAAUAUUCUUAAAGUUGCACUAUAUUUUUUAGUGAGAAUAAUUUCAAAUUAAUAUUUUUUUUACUUUCCAGUUGAAGCUUUGGCCUUGAAUGUAACACACACACUUAGUUAGUGAGCAUUUAUUGAAUCAAAUCACAUUCAGUUAUGAAGAUAAGUGUGUUGUAACGUUGAAAUUCCAGAGUUUUGUUCAAAUUAAACAUCCGUCAGGCUUUUCUACA